CCUGGGCCUGUCUAAAGAAAGAUUCUCCCGACGUCUUCAUAUAACCCUCUCCGUGGCCCUGGUAUCUGUUUCCACCCCCUUCUGGCGCCUUUCUCCUAUUUCAUGCGGUGACAAUGGCAUCGCAGUUAACCCAGAAGCCAGACACUUCCACAAGCGGGGAAAUCGACUAUUCAACACAGGCCCCCAAGAUUCUGGCCAUCUCAGGUGUUCUGACGGGACUGUCGCUCGUCGUGGUGGCAUUGCGAUGCUACGUACGGGUCUUCAUUCUCCGCCGACUCUAUGCUGAGGACACCAUUAUGGUUGUCUGUGGGAUGUGUUGCAUUGGUUUCAUGGCCUGUUUUGUCGGCGAAAGCAAAGUGGGCAUGGGCCAGUAUAUCGCGGCGAUCGAAGCUGAAGGCCAUCGUGGGAAGCUUUCCCAAUGGAUAUGGUGGCGCUCGAUUAUUGUCGUGCUGGGUAUUAGUUUGGUCAAGAUAUCCACAGGCCUCUUUCUUCUUCGUUUCACGGCUCAGAAGAAGUGGCUGAAGUGGUUUAUCAUCGGCUCAGUUGCGUGGGAUGCUGGGCUGCGAGCAAAAGAAUCAACCAAAUGCUUUACACUCCCUGUAUUUCUGGCCAUCGGCAGAUUUAAUGCUUCCAUUAACAUCAUCACUGAUUUCCUCUACGCCACCCUCCCGGUCUUCAUGUUCUACAACGUGCAGGUGAACAAAAGGACCAAGAUAUCGCUGAUGGGGAUCUUGGGCCUGGGUUACUUUGCGUGUGCUGCCGCGAUUGUAAAAACAGUUUUUCAAACUCGUUAUUUCUCCGACAAAGAGGUCUACCGAGAAUACUCCUACCAUAUCUGGAACUACGUCGAACUCGCCGCGGGCGUCAUCGCCGCCUCCGUCCCAACAAUCAAACCCCUCGCUAAGAGCAUAAUCGGCAGCACGCGCGGCCAGAGCAGCCGCAACUAUGGACGAUCCCGCAAACGAACAGGCGAGACCUACUACGGCCCGAAUAGCCACACCCUCAGCGAGCUAGCCCGCAGGCGCCAUGACGAGGAGGACAAAUAUCGCGUGCAGAUCCAUGCAAACCACCCGUCGCUGUCGGUUUCCGACGGCGGUAGCGAGGAGAACCUGGCGCGCGACCACAGGCAGGGUCACCCAAAUUCGAGGAUUCUGCAGACGACUGAGGUUAUUGUGCAUACGGAGGAUAGUGCAGAUAUGGGGAUGGGGUCUGUCAUGAUUGGGCCGAGGAGGACGGUGGACGAUCGGAUUUGAUGAGGGGUUCCAUUUGUUGAUUUAUUUCUUUGUCUCGCGGGGUUUGCCAGUUGGGGUCUGGGUAAAAAAAUGGUUAUGGAUAAAAUGGUUCGGAACUGUAAAUGUAGUGGAGCUGGAGUUGUCUGCUAUAGACCAUAUUGGUUGACAUACCCGGAAGAGAAUGCGAGCUGCGUAAACAC